CCGGAAGAAGAAAGCGCGCUCGAAAAACCCUCUUGGUUAACUAACGGAAACGUCGCUGCCGCCAUCACAGCGUUGGGCGGAAGCAGGAAUGAUAGACCGAGCGGUUUCCUCGGGAGAUUGAGCGAAGGCGGCGAGAUGCCGUUGGUGUUGCUCUGCGGGCUGCCGGGCAGCGGCAAGAGCCGGCGCGCCGAAGAGCUGCGCGUCGCUUUGGUCUCUGAAGGCGAACGGCGCGCCUUCGUUGUGUCCGAGGCGGACGUGGCCGGAGGCCGGGCUGCCUUGCGGGCGGCGGCCGAGCGGCUGCUCAACCAGCGGGACGUAGUAAUCGUCGACGCGGGCAGCGAGCUGAAGAGCUUCCGUUACGAGCUCUACUGCCUCAGCAAGCACGCGGGGACCCCGCACUGCCUGGUGCUCUGCCCGGGAGGGGGCGCGCUCCCCGACCGCCCUCCUUUGGAGCCGCCGGACUCGCAGAACCGCUGGGACUGGCCUCUCUUUUUGGCGCCCGAGGACCCGGCCGAGCCCCUGCCGCUGCCCGAGAUCCGCGCCGCCCUCUUGGAGCGCCGCCCGCCUCCUCCCAACCAGUCCACGCGCUCCCAGCCGCUCCAAGCCGCCGGCUUCCUUCACCAACUCGACCGCCUGACCCAAGAGGUGCUGGCCGCCGUCAUGGCUGCCCAGAGGGACGGCGCCCAGGCCGGACAGUUCAUUCCGGUGGCGGUGGAUGGGCUAGCAGGAGGCGGCCGAGAGCCUCCAGGCUUGAUGCUUAACAGGCCGGUCAGCUUGGCUGAGCUGAGCCGCCUGCGAAGACAGUUCCUCAGUUAUGCGAAGAUGCACCCGGGAGAAGGCGAACAAAAUCUACCCCAGCUGGGCGGCAUGUUUCUUCAGUACCUGAGUCAAAACCUGCAGUGAGCUCAGCAGGUUCCUCCGAGUAGCAGUUGCUGGCCCUGGAGGAUGCACUUGGGCAGGACGCUUCAUUGAGAUACUUUUUGCUAUUUAAUUUUGGACAGGAAUUCUGUAACUUGCCGAAUUUAUAGACUGCUUUCGAAACUAUUUGAUGAAGACCGAUGGAGACAUGUUUAAAAUAAUGUUUUUCAGUAUACAUCUAUUUAUAUUUGAAUUGCAACUGUCAUUAUUUUUAUACCUUGCCUUGUUUAAAGAAGUUCAUUGGUAGAUUUCAACAUUCAUAGUGAUUCCCAUGAGGUGAAUUGGCAGAAAUAGUGACUGAAUUGAAAUUCAUAAAUUCAGCUUUCUAAUCAAAGAUUUGGUGCAAUCCUGAAAAAUGUGUUUAUCAUUUGGACUUGAUAAGACUAAAAAAAGUUUACAUAAAGAAUAUUACAUUGUGCUUAUAAUAUUUGUCUCUCUGUAUGAUUAACAUUAACAAAAGGGCCUCUGGUGGCUCAACAGGCUAAUGCAGCCUGUUAUUAACAGCAGCUGCUUGCAAUUAUUGCAGGUUCAAGUCCCACCAGGCCCAAGGUUGACCCAGCCUUCCAUCCUUUAUAAGGUAGGUAAAAUGAGGACCCAGAUUGUUGGGGGCAAUAAGUUAACUUUGUAUAUAAUAUACAAAUGGAUGAAGACUAUUGCUUGACAAUAGUGUAAGCCGCCCUGAGUCUUCGGAGAAGGGCGGGAUAUAAAUGCAAAUAAAAACAAACAAACAUUGAAGAGCUGCAAGUUUGGAUUGAUCUUGACUGAGAAGGCACACACAAAGCUCAUCCAUGUGUUGCAUUUUACUGGAUAAGGUCCAGUAUUGAAGUCUGUCAAGAUCCUUCUGGAUCUUAUUUCUAAAUGGUUGGCUAUUCCUUCAAGUUUAGUUGUUUACUGUUGACUAGAUUAUGUUUUGAUGAUUUGAUAGAUUAUAAAGAGUCUUUGUAUUUCUUUGUAUUUUUUCUUUUUCUUUUCUAAACAUUUUAGUUUUCUUUGAUUUCUUUUUUUACUUAAUAUUUAUUUAUAUUUUUUUCUUCCCUUUUAAAACUUUUUACAGAAUUAUAUCUGUGUGCGUAUACUGCUACAUAGCUUCAGUAUUGUCACUAACUUGGGAUUUAGUUCUAAGUUUUAGCAUAAUCUUACUCAAGCUAUUGUGUUAAAUGUGUGGAGCUGGGUAUGAUUAAGCAAAACAACUACCGGUAUUUUAAUGUUCACUUCUCAGUAAAGAGAAUGGGUGCUUUGAUACAUGGCAUUAAAUGACAGCUAAAUAUCUAACAAAUUCAUGUAUUACAAACCUUAUUGUCAUGAUGCCAUUCUUCAUCUAGUUUUAACAGUAUGAAGCAGAAGUCACAAUCAAAAUAGAUUCUACCCUUUAAAAACCAAAUACAGUAAGAAUGCUCAUGAAAAUCUAUACAGUACUGUAGUGAAGUUGUCAUGGGAAUACUGGCUACUAUACCUAGAACUUAGAAGCAUUGUCAUGAUCUCACAAUCUAAAAUGAGAAUCUCAAGUUGUGCAGUUGAAUAUAGUAGAAAAAUCCCAAGUGUUAUAUACAAGCAGUCUUUGGAGAAAAUCAUCAGAUGUAUAUUCUGUAUUACAUUUGGCAGCAAUACAUUGUGGCAACAUUUUCAAACAAAAGAUCUUGCCUGUUUUCUUUUCAAAAAUACAUCUGCGGUAGUAGUUUAUUUAUAUUUAUUUAUAAGUUGUAGAGAAUAUAUCCUGGUCAAAUUUAUAGAUUUUAACUGCAGGUUACAGCAUGACAACACAUUAAUGAAGAAAGUCUGUAUUUGGCCUGUUUUGGUCUGUAUUUGGCCCUAAAAGCAAAACACACAGAAGCUAAUGUAACAAAUUUGUUAGCUUUUACAGUCCUACAUUUCUAUUUUUUAUUUAUUUUGCCAUUAUUAUUUAUUAUUAUAUUUGUAUACCGCCCAUCUCCCGAAGGACUCAGGGUGGUUCACAGCCAAUAAAACAACAGAAAACAUAUAAUACAUAUAAAACAGCAAAAAGAAUAGACAAUUAAAUUCAGUUGAUGCCUUAAAACUUUAAAUACAAAUUUAAAACCCCAUUUAAACCCCUGAUUAAAAAACCCCAAUUUAAACUAUGUUCAAGCUAGUCCUGCUCUUCGAAACAGCAACGUCUUCAGCUCGCGGCGGAAGGACCUGAGAUCGGGGAGUUGACGAAGUCCCAGAGGGAGCUCGUUCCAGAGGGUAGGGGCCCCCACAGAGAAGGCCCUCCCCCUGGAGGUCGCCAGCCGACAUUGUUUAGCUGACGGUAUCCGGAGGAGGCCCUCUCUGUGAGAGCACACUGGUCGGUGAGAGGGUAAUGGUGGCAGUAGGCGGUCCCGUAAAUAUCCCGGCCCUAAGCCAUGGAGCGUUUUAAAGGUGAUAACAAGUACCUUGAAGUGAACCCGGAAGACCACCGGGAGCCAGUGCAGAUUACGCAGGAGGGGUGUUACACGGGAGCCACAAGGUGCUCCCUCUAUCACCCGCGCAGCUGCAUUCUGGACCAGUUGGAGUCUCCGGGUACCCUUCAAAGGGUAUAAUAAUGUAACCAUUUUCACAGAUCUGUCAGUAAAUUACAGACAGAGGUUAUCUUAAUUGCACUAAUUUUAUAAUGACUUAUCUGCACAUUGUGUAGGAUUCUGCAACAUGUUGUAGAAAAUCCACACACAAAACACCUUGAUUAUUGAUCUUCAUUGUGAAAUUGAUUCAAAGCAAAAAACACUGAGUCAGGAUCCAGGAGGAACUUAGAAAUUUUAUAUUAAAUUUGUGACCAGGUUUUAUUGCUUUUGCUGCUAUUAUUAUUACUAUAAAUAUUUUAAUCUGCUUCCAAAACAUACCUUGACAAGGGAAUGUGAGAGUAAAGGCACUAAAGUUUGCCCAAUUGCAUGGUCUACAUAGUACUUAUAUAGUACUUUGCACCAGGGUGGAUAAGAAUUUAUUUAUAAAUAAAUAAAAAAAUCAGAUUUUUUAUUGAAAUCAGAUUGUUUUUAUUUUUAUCAUAUUUAUUUUAAUAAAAUGCUUUUGGAGUAAAAAUCUAUCUAAAGGUAGUUUUCUAUUUAAGAUACAUUAAUAGCUUAGUUUAUUCAGCAUGAAAUGGAACUUAGUUAUGUAACAUGAGGCUGUAUAUUUUUCAAUAAUUACAUUUUUGGUAAACUCAUUCAAUGAAUCCAACUUCUGCAAGCUGAGAUAAUAGGCACUCUAAAUAGGAAACUCAUUUUGUUUGUAAAUAAUAACAAAGCUUCUAACUACCAGCAAGAAUGAGUCCUUACAUUUAAAAAGCACCUGUCAUUUCAGAUCCAUCAAGGCAGUGCCUGUUAGCAGGCAUCCCCUCACCUGCAGCCUACCAUGUCCCUUACCUUAUUGUGUCACUGCUGCAUCACCAGCCGUCCCAUUAAAGUGAAUGGGACUGUUGGCAAUAACAACGGGUCAGAGGAGGAGCUGCUGUGGGACAGAGAUGACAGUUUCUCUUUAAAAAUUAUGAUUUAAAUCAAGUUGAUUUAAAUCAACUCCACCCUGCUUGGCACUGAUUUCUGCAAAGGUGGGGAUGGGGCUUUUGUGCAUUCUUUUCCAGGGAUGAAGACUUACUCUGCAGACAUUUGCCCUUUAAAUAUUCUGCCUGGUGGAGUAUUUAUUCCCUAUGUUUUGUAUCUGUAUUUUCCUCUCCUCUGCCCUGGCCCAAAAAAUAAAGGAAAUGUUUGAAGACUACAUAUAAUGUAUAUGUGUGUGCAUGCACACACAUGAUAUAUAGUUAGCUAGUAUAACACCACAGAAUCAAGACUAAACAAGAGUCAGAAGGUCUAAAGUCUUUUCAUUUUUUAUCAUGAGUUAUAUCUUCUAAAAAUUGGUUUCUUAAAAAAUCUGAACAGAAGGUUGAUCUUCAGACUGUAAUCUCCCAAAUAUACAGAAAACACACCACAAAUUAUUGCAGUGCUUCUAAUUUAAUAGAAAAAUGUGUUGAGAUGUGAUAAAGUGAACAUGUGAUCUAGGAAAAGACUUGUAUUAAAGUGUUCACAUCCUUUUAUAUUGAAACAUAUUUUCCAAAUCCUGAUUAAUUCAAUAUUUGUGUAUGAAAAUACUGUUCUUAUAUAUUUCAGUAGUAGUAGUAUAUAUAAUGUAUAAAUGACAUAUUCAACAUUCAGUGGAACUAUGCUUUAACUUUCUUUCUAUAGUGAUAUAGCUAACUAGUUGUCAUCAAAUUCUUCUUGCUCUCUGAUGAUUGUAUGAAAAAAUUCUAAACAUUUUAACCUAAAUGGCAACAGUCCCCAGUUCUUCCAAAGACUUUAUAGGGAUGUUCAUGAUUUGAUCCUAUCCUGUAUUUUCCACUUGCUCUAUUUUCUUCAAUCUUAUUAAACCUAUAUAAUGUUCACAGGACUUGAUAUUACUUAUCAAUUGCAGGACAAUCCUGUCAUACAGGAAUUAGGAAAUAAAAAUAGAUUUUAACAAGCUCCUGUAAACUCCAGAAGAAUGGUAGUAGGAAUCCAUUUAAAAUGAAAUUAUUUAAAUAGUGGGAUAUGUUAGGAAGAAAUAACUAUUUUAAGAAAAGCCACUUUUAAACCAAAGCAGAACUUCUUAGAAUUCUAGUUCUCUAGCUAAUUUAAGACCUUGAUACAAAAAGAACCAAUAUUUCCUUGUGAAUAUUUCACUAUUGUGUGCAAAAAUAUUUAUUGUCUGGAAUGUUUGCUUUACUGCCAACCAACUUCAUCAUUCUAUACUUAAUUAGAAAACCCUGAAGAAAAAUAAACAAAAUGAACAAGAGGUCCUUUCCUACCCAGAAUUCUGGUUGUUUUCUGUAUAGUCAACAUGGUAUGGAAAGUCCACUUCCCCAUUAUCCAAAUUUAUCAGUUGUGUUGAACAUAAACCCGCAAAAGUCAAAACUUGGUUACUUUGGAAAGUUGAUUUUUUUAAAAAUCAGGAUCCCCUAGUAAUGUCAGGAAUUUAGAUGGCUGAAUUGGUAGUGGAACAUGGUUCCUGGGGAAAAUUUUAGAUUAUUUUGCAUCUCAUUGUACUUUGGUGAAUGUAGUUGGUUAAACCGACUCACCGACCCGUGCGCUCUCAUAGAGAGGGACUCCUCAGGGUGCCGUCAGCGAGGCAAUGUCGUCUGGCGACGCCCAGGAGAAGGGCCUUCUCUGUGGGGGCUCCCACCCUCUGGAACGAACUGCCCCCAGGACUUCGUCAGCUUCCGGACCUUCGGACCUUCCGCCGCGAGCUUAAAACAUACUUAUUUAAUUGCGCAGGACUGAGCUAGAUUUUAAUUUAUGGGUUUUAAAUUGGGUUUUAUUCUUAUAUUUUUAAUUAUUAGGCUUUUAGAAUAAGUUUUUUAAUUGUUUUUAGACUGUAUUUAUCUGUUUUUAAAUGCCUGUAAACCGCCCUGAGUCCUUUGGGAGAUAGGGCGGUAUAUAAAUAUGAAUAAUAAAUAAAUAAAUAAAUAAAUAAAC